AUGCCUAAUGUACUUGGUGCGGGACUUCGAUGGCUCAGAGGGGAGAAAGGGAAAUAUUUCAAGGAGCCUAUAGAAGCUUGCGUAGGGCCAGAUGUAAUCGAGAGCAGGAGGUUACAUCAAAUGGCUCGAAAUAUGGGAUUGGAGAGCGACAGUGAAGAGGAACGUCUCAAUAACCGUACCGUCAAGUCAGAAAGACGCCGCGAGAGAGUCAAACAUCGUCCCCCUCCAGAAAAAUAUAGCCCAGAGGGUCCUUCUAGAAGUGGUACAUUGAUUGAUUAUGGUAAGACGGGUGGAUAUCAGAGGUCAAUAUGGCUCAAGGAAGGAGAUCAUUCAUCCGACUCAGAUAGACUGCCUAAGCAUGACUCCCCUCUGGUGAAAAAUACAAGGAAUAGCUCUGAUUACCCAAAUACCAAUCUGGGACCAAGCGGAAAACCAUGGGGUCAACAAAGUUCUUUUUCAGAGUCAGCUCCCGAUGACUAUUUAAUACCCUACAAAAGUUCUGGAGACUUGCAUGUGGGAAGUCCAAAAGAAGCUGCUGAAUUAUCGACAUCGGCCGAUUCCUCUGAAUAUGUGCCUCGCGUAGAUAGAAGUGCACACGAGAGAAAUAAUCGGCGAGGGCCUCUAUAUCUCAACCACCGACCACCGUCGCCUCAGUUAAAGUUUGACCCUGUGCGAGACGCUGCUGCACAAAACGAUGUAAUAUCUCGUCGUCAUUCAAAUCAUGAAGCACCUAUCCCAUCUCGCGCCAUUCCUACAAGAAAGCCUGUACCACAUUCCUAUUUGCAGCAUCCAUCAAUAGCAAGAAAGGAAGCCAGAGACUUAAAUUCUAAACGCCUAGCAGAACUAGCAAUAAUCAAUCGUCGUAAUGAGGAAGAGAUUCUUCGACAGCGAAGAGAAAGGAAACUUUUGAAUGCCACACAAGAGAAUGAAGAAUCAGAUGAAGAUUACUACGAAGAUACGCCCAGAGGACGACUUCAAUAUGAAGAGGAUAAGAGACUCUUCAAGAACUACCAAGCACGUCAAAGAGAAUGCAAACUACUACCUCCCCCGUUACCUCCGAAACUACCCCUAAGCCCCAACCAACACUCAAGCCCACCAUCCAGAUCCGCCACAUUACCCCCUGAGUUUGCGAUUCCAUUUCGACCUUCAUCGCUAAUGGAGGACGACAAACCCUACAAUUCCUGGCCCGGCCAUAUGAAACCCCCUCCAGAUCUUCGUAAGAGUACAGAUAUGCCUCCACCACGACGCAAUACCGUCUCCUCCAGCACAUGGGAAAACAACCCUAGAGCUCCACCCUACCCCGUCACUCCCCACAAUUAUCAUCUCAAGGGAUAUAAUAAUCAAAACGAUGUUCAAAAACGUGCGGUUCAUGAUGCUUUUAAAGAUAUGAUGCUACAUGGAAAUGAAAGAAUCGCAGGCCCUACUCCUCCUACUUUCCGGAGUUCGUACCCUGAUGCAGUAGAGUUAUCGGGUGUUAGUCCAGAGAUGCAGAGGGAUGGGAUGAAGAGACAUACAACUGGUGCAAAUGAGGUACUUGGUGACAGAUCACGAACACCUGCAUUUGCGGUAAGAAUAGACAUGGAUGUAUUCCAUCCUGCCACAAUUCAGGAGACUGAAGAGGAACGUGCAGGCGGCGGUAGAUUGGGUGUUGAGCGAAUGGAGUUAGAUGGUGAAAGUAGACGAACGGAGGAAAUUAGAGAUCGAAGAAGAGAGAGAGUCCCGGAAAUUCAUGUUCAGCGUCCUACUCCAAGUGCAAGUCUACGGGAACCACAUGAUGUGAAUAUCGGGAGGACGAGAAGGAGUGCGGAGGUUGAGCGGUUGGCAGCGCCGAGAUCGGAGCAUGGAGAGCGCAGGAAGCAUGAAAAGCAUAGAAAGCAUGAGAAACAUUAG